AUGUCCAUCAUCGAAAAGCUGGAAGAAACUUGGACUUCAGGUUCCAUCACGACGUUGUUUCGUUUACUAGGUUCCGUGACCGCUAUUUCCACGUCCCUUCCACUUCAAUCUCCCGUUGCUGGUUUUAGCUGGCGCCUGAUUGUCAAGAGGUCCCAGAUACCACCGGUGUUGCAGUCACCGGUGUAUGGGGCACAAAACCCAUUUGGGAACCAACCAUCUGGGAACCAGGCAUCAGCGGGGUGCCAGCUAUUGUUCGACUCCCAUAAUUGUCCCGGUGCAUGGCGUGGUACACCGGUCAACGUCACGGUCUCUUUUCCAUCGCAUCCUGGUGAUACAUCCCUCUGCACCACAUCUAUCUCAGCGAUCCUGGGAGGUGGCAAUAUCCAUACGGAAGGUUCUCUUCUGCUGAUCACUUGUCCCGUUGACAAGCUUGGAGACGCUCUCGUCUCACUAAAGGUCACCUUCACCAAUCCACUGACACGCAAUUUAUUCGAUGUGCUUGCCCACGUCGGCCCAAUACCAGAUGUACCCACCAGCGCUGAAGAACCCAGAGUCCCUCAGGCCUGCUCUGCCCUUCGUGCCCUCGACCAAUCUUUCAAGACAGGGACGUCAUUUGACAUUAUAUUCCAAGCAUACACUCGUCGCUUUUCCCCCGGAAAGGUCACCAGACCGAUUCCGAUUUAUGCAAGCAUCGCUGUGCUACAAACGACAACACUUUUACCAGACUUUUCCGAGGAAGGCCAAGAUUUUUCGUCUCUCUUUGAACUGUCUGACGGCGACACAUUCCCAUUCACUUCACCGGAGAGUUACGAAUACGAAUCUGAUAGUGAUCUGGACGACGACGAGGGCAAUGAUUUGACUGUGGUGCAACCUAUAGUGGAUUCGGCCCCUAGUGACGAAGCCCCUGGACGUCAUGGUCAGCGAUCUCACACUCCAAAUAAAAAUGAUCCAUCAUACGAAGGCGCGACUGAUAGUGGCUCGAUCUCGUCUUUCUCCAGCAUUGAAGCUGGACUCCAAGAGGAGCCAGACAAUAGGACAUUGCUUUCGGAGGAUAUUGAGACGGUACCGGCGGCGACCAACGAGAACGUGAAACGUGGGUCUCGAGUUGUCCUCAUAAAAGGUGUCGCCUGGAGGACGUGGCACACCUUUAUUUAUUACUGUUACACCGGCAUCGUCAACUUUGCAAACUUACGGUCUCAAGGUGUUGAUGUGGCACUCCAGCAGAGUCGGUUAACACAUGGUCCACCACAUUGCUCCCCGAAGUCGAUGUACCAACUGGCCACGAAGCUUCGCAAUGAACCGUUAUCUCAACUUUCGUUAACGGCCAUUGAAACUAGGUUGUCUGCGGCCAACAUACUAGAUGAGGCAUUCUCCAAAUUCACCUCCAGGCAUGAUGCCAUCAGAGAAAUGGAAAUUGCUCAACUGGUAAAACACAGGAAUGCGUCAGAGGUCCUGCAGAGUCUCCCAACUAAAAUAAUGGCCAUGGCCAUGGGCAAUACGCCCCACGCUGCGCCGGUUUUCACUACGUACUGCCAGCAAAUUACCCAGAUAUCUAACUCCAAUAACCAAAACAAACCUAAUCCCGAAUCCAAUAACCAAACAGACCUGAUCCCGAAUCCAACAAACCUAAUCCCGAAUCCAAAACCCCCGCACUCAAACGGAAAGUCACCCGAACCGCGCGGUAAUUCCAUGCGCAGACGUGCGGCACGAACGACAGAUCCCCGUACUACCAAUCUACUAUAA